AUGGAAUAAUUUCAAUGGAUUUUAGUAGCAACUCUUAUAUAUAACCUUGUUCAGAUUGACUCAAAAAAUUGUAGCAUAAUUUAGAUUGAAUAAGGAGAGUAAUUUAUCUCAGAAAGAUUAAAUGUUUUAAUAAUUGAAAGUGAUCAGGAUGAAUUUUCAGAUUUAAAUUAUGCAAAAUACAAAAUCAUUAAUGAAUCACUAAAAUUUUCUAAUUUUUUAGAGAUAUAAAUAAUAUCUACAUAAAUAAUUGAAAAUUAUAGUUUCAAGUCAAUUGAUGAUAAACUUUUCUGUAUAUUCAUAAAAUCUUAAAUCUAUUAAAUCACUUGUAUAAGAGUUUUCAAUUUAUACUCAAAUGAAGUAUUGAAUUAUAAAGAAAACAAAUUAGCAGCAAUUGAAAUGUAAAUUUAAGAUGAUUAUUUUUGUUAAGACUUUUUUUUAAGUUAAGAAGCAUAAUUUCAAAUUUUUUGUUAAAAAAAUAACUAUUUAACUAUUUAUAGUGUUGAUUUAAAUAAUACAAUCAAUUUAUAAUUAUAAUAAGAAAUUCCCUUGAGAUAAUAUGAACUAUGUAAGAGAACAGUUUUUUAAUUAGAGAAUAAUACAUAUUUAAUUUGCUUCUUCAAAUGUGAAGAUUGGGGUUUAUAUUAAUAUAAUAACUAAGAGAUGAAGACUAUUUUGAAUGAAUAAUUAGCUUUAAAUAUCUAUGCAAUCUAAAUUAAAUAUUUAGAAAACAUUUAAAUUUGUUUAAAAUACAUGUACUUGCUUAUUCAAACAGGAGUUCAUUUGUUUAUUAUAAAUCAAUUUAAUCAUUUACAAUAUCAAAUUUUCUGUUAGAGCCCUUAGUAUUUAAUAUAAAUUGCACUGUCUUAAAGUUGUAACCUUAUUUCUUUUGUUCUAUAUGAUUCUUCUAUCAAUAAAACAACAAUAUAGAGUAUCUAAUAAGAAUUUGAAUAAUAAUUUGAAGGUAGACUAUAAAAUGUAAAAUUACUUUAGGGUAUCUUUAUGGUGUAAACUUAAAACGAACUUCAAGUUAUUUAUAAUUCUUAAUUCAACUAGACUAUUAAAAUGAAUUCUAAUUAUGUUAUUUUUAAUGAUCAGCAUAAUUUAAUCUACUUACAUGAUGAGAUUGCUAAUGAGAUAAUAUUUUAUAAGUUCUCAUAUCCUAGAAAUUUGAUUUAGCCUACUAAAAAAUACAUUUUUUAUGUUUUCAACUAUUAAUAAGAUAUUCAAAUAUGCAGAGAGAUUUAAUAUAUCACCUAGAACAACUCUAACUCUGUGUUAACUUUAAGCUUUAAUAAUAAGUGUUAAAAUACUUAAUAAUUGUUUUAUAGCAAGAAGAAUUUGUAAUUACCUUAUUAAUAUGAAAUUAAAAUUGAUAAAGAUUAUAAAUUUGAAAUUAAAAUAUCAGACAUUAAAUGUUUUUUUUUAAUUUGUUCAAAUUUAAAAAACAUCAACCAAUAAGAUAUAAUUUUACUUUAUUAUGAAAGUUAAAAUCAAGGGUAUGCAGUCUUAAAAAAACAAUUUUUAAUAUAUGUAUAAAAUUGUUACGGCGGUCUGCCUAAAUUUUAAAUUAAUACCAGAGCAUGUUAAGUAUUUUAUUGUUAAAGUUAUUUGCUUUUAUUUUUUUAAAAUAAAAAUGUGUUAAAACUAAUAAAUUUUCAAAAUGGAAAAAUUGUUGAAAUAAAAGUGAGUAGUGAAAUUAAAAAUAUUGUUUAAUUUAAAAAUUGUAUACUAAUAUUUACAUCAAAUAGUAAAGAUAUAUAACUUUUAGAUCUACAUCUUCAAGACUAAAUUAUUCUGGAUUACAAAAUAAUUAAAAUUCUUAAAAUCUUAAAUGAAAUUUAUCUUUAAGAAAAGUCAGAAAUAAUUGAAGCUUUUUACUAUUCAAGAACAGUCUCAAAAUUUAUUCAAUAUCUUUAAUUUUUAAUUGUUGAAGACCAUUAAAAAAUUACUCUUUUUAGAUUAGAAAAUAUUUAAAUUGUUUUUCUAAAGGGAUUUAAUGGCAAUUAAUUUUUCAUAUUAGGAAUACACCUAAAGUAUAAUUAAAUAAUUAUUUAUCAUUUUGACUUUCAAUAAUUAUAAAUUUUAUAUAAUUUAUAACUGGGGGAUUAUGAAAUAAUUAGACCUUUAAAUUAUGACAUUAAUGAAUAAUAUUUAGCAAUAGCAAGUAGAAAAGAAAAAAAGAAUUUUGUAUUAAUAUUUGAGAUAAGAUUUACGAAAUCUCUAAAAUUGAUCAAAAUUCUUGAAAUUAGCAAAUUUAUAUUUUUUUUCAAUUCUGGCAAAUUUUUUUAUUAUAAUUCAAAAGAUGAAAUUACAAUAUUUAAUUUUUCAGACUUCGAAAUUUAAUUAGAAAAUCUUGUUCAAUAAGAAAUGGAGGAUAUUUCAAAAUAAGUAAUUUCUUUUUCGAUUAUUUAAACAAGUUAAACAGAUCCUAUUUUAAAUAUUACAUUCACUAUAAAUAUCUAUGAUGAGUGUUAUAGAUUAUUCCCAAAAAAGAGUAAUUAUUUAAUGAAUUAUUCAUAAUAUUAACUUCAAAAAAUCAUAAUCUCUGACUUUUUUCAUGGGGUAAUAGAUUCAAUAAAGAUUUAAGAUGAUAAUGUAACUCAAAUUUUUGGUCCAUUAUUAUUAUCCGAAAUAACUUAUAAUUAAAAUAAUAAAGAUGGAAUUAUUAUAAAGAUUGUUAAACUUGAAUACUUAUAUAAGGAUAAUUCAAAAUAAUAACUACAACUUUUAUAUUACAAUAGAGGUUAAGAUAGAUUUAUUUUUUACGAAUAAAAUGCAAAAAUUAUAAAUGUAAUUGUUAUUGAUGAAGAACGAAUAUUGAUAUUAUUUUAAUCCAGCCCAAAUAAUUGUUUAAAUGGAAAUAUUUAUUAAAUUGAAUAAGAUUCUUUAAAUUUUGUAAUUAGGAACCAAAUUUUUUCAACAGAAAUUAUACUAUAUCGUAAAUACGAAGAUUAUAGAAUUUUUAAAACUGGUAAUUUAAUUGCUUUUUAAUCUGAAACCUCUUUGAUAAUUUAUAUAAUUAUUAACAAGAUCAUUCAUUUAGUUGAAAAUUAUUCUGAAAUUUAAGAAAUCCAUAAAAUUUAAGGAAACAAUAAUUAUUAUAUUACACUCUCAUAAGUAUAUCAUGAGUAUUUUUUUUUAAUUCUUUCUUUUAUUGAUGAUCAUUAUAUUUCUAAAGGAAAUGUAACCCUUCCUUGGGAUUCAAUUUUAAAUGAAUUCAAAUACUUGAUAUAUAUAGAAAAUGAUUCAUUAUUUUAUUAUGCAAGUAAAUGUUAGAUUCUAGAGUCUAUUAUAAUUGAGCAAAAUUUAUAGAUUGUGUUAUUUCAUACUUUUAGGCAAUAUUCUAUUUUGAGUCAUAUUGAAAUAAAUUUGGAAACAUUUUCAUUUUCGUUUAUACCAUAAAAAUUUUUCAGAAAUGGAAUGGAAUAAGAUUUUUUAACAUUAGAAUUUUAUAAUAAAUGUAUUCUGAUUUUAAAAUCCAUUUAAAAUGUAAUUUACUUUUAUGAUUUGAAUUAAGAUUCAAAAUUUUAUGAUUAUAUCGGAAGACUUGAUUAAAAUAAUUAUUCUUAUUUCUCAUUGAAUACUACUCACUUUCUUGUUUUUUCAAAAACCACUAAAUAAAUAAAAAUAGGUGAACUUGGUUAUAAAAUUGACUUAAAAGACAAAAUAUCAAAUAACUAGACAUUUAAGUUAAUUGCAUUAAAUCAGGUAUCAUAAGCUCAUUGUAAUAUAACAAUUAUUAAUUAUAAUAGCUUGA